UCGAGGGGUCGAGUCUGACCCGUUGAGGCGUCUGCGGCAGCGGCGGGCGCGGGAGUGAGUCCGCUGCGGGGAGCGGGAAUGUCGAGGAGUUCGAAGGCAGUGCUGGGCCUUUCGGUGCUGCUGACGGCGGCCACGGUGGCCGGCGUGCAUCUGAAGCAGCGGCAGGACCGGCAGAGGCUUCGUGACGGAGUGAUCAGAGACAUUGAGAGGCAGAAUCAGAAAAAAGAAAACAUUCGUCUUUUGGGAGAACAGAUUCUUUUGACUAAGCAACUUGAAGCAGAAAGAGAGAAGAUGUUGGAGAAAGGAUCUCAAAAUACCUGACUUUGAGAAGCUGAUGGGGCAGCGCUGAGUUGGUGUGUGUAACUGUGGGUGUGGUGUGUGGUAGAGAGUAGCUAGUGAGAGCUGCCCCCCAAAAUCACUAUCCAGUUACACUUCAUUAACUGAAGGACAGUGGUCCCGUCUUCUGAAUUGCUUCUUUUAAGAGUCUGUCGUGUGUGGAGAGAGUACUUGGGGGCAGAUGCUCUUCUGAAGGUCUGUCUGGGGGAUCCCUGCAGCAGUGCCUGUCAGCUUAGGAGUGCAGGGGCGAUGGAUAGUAGCAUCCACCUGAGUGGGCUCCUAAGUCGGCAUGACGACGAAGCCACGAGAACGUCCACCUCGGAAGGGCUGGAGGAAGGUGAGGUGGAGGGAGAGACUCUCCUAAUUGUGGAAUCAGAGGAUCAGGCAUCAGUGGACUUAUCUCACGACCAGAGUGGGGAUUCCCUCAACAGCGAUGAAGGAGAUAUAUCAUGGAUGGAGGAGCAGCUGUCUUACUUCUGUGACAAGUGCCAAAAGUGGAUCCCAGCCAGUAAGGAGCUUCUCGAUUCCUUUGCUUGGUUGAUCCCUAUGUGAUGGCUUGUUUCCAGUCUGUGAAAAACACUAAUAAAAUAGACUUGAAUAAAAAUAUAAUUAUUAUAUU